UGUCACUGGAAUGGCAACCGGGAUUAUAUCUGGGCGAAAUAUAGAAGGGACUGAUGAUGUAGAUGGGAUUUUAAUCUCUAAUGGAAUCAUAAAUAGAGAUGAAACGGAUCUUGCUGCUUCGAGGGUCAAUCGCCGUAGCUAUGUUCAUCUGGAAUCGGAAAGAGUUCAUAUCAUUUGGGAUCUUUUCGCUAUAGCAUCCAUCUUAACAUUCAUUGCCGACAUUAUCUCCGAUCUGGUAGUUUCCGUACAUUAUUUCCUUGAUGGGAAAUAUCUUUGGUUUGCCUUAACUUUAGGUUUUGUAAUUUUAUCUUCUGUGGUAAUGCAAAUAUUUUCUGCCAAAUGGUUUCACGAAGAUGGCGAAUACCUGAAUUGGUGUACAUACUUGCUUCAUUUUUUUCAACUUGGUCCGAUUGUCAGAUACUGGCGUGUCAUUAAAGCUGGAUGGCAUACCCGUCAGCAAAACUCAGCUGAUACAGUCAAUGUCUAUAAAGUUUACUUGGCAGAAUGGAGAGACAUCAGCAUGUUAAGACUGUUUGAGUGUUUUUUAGAAUCUGCACCACAGUUAGUUCUUCAACUUUUUAUCAUGGCUUAUAACAAGCGAUUUGAUGCUGAGAGUGACUGGUUGACAGUAUUUGCUGCUGGAAGCUCCUUGUUAUCUCUUGCAUGGGCAAUUGUGGCAUAUACUAAAGCUCUUAGAGACUUCUUAGGUCAAGGAGAAAGCCAUUCAUGGGUUGGAUUUUUUCUUCAAAUUAUAUGGCGUAUGUGUAUGGUAGCAUCUAGAGUUGUAGCACUUGUGUUGUUUGCCUCAUACUAUACCAUUUGGCUGUUUGUGGUUGCAGCAGUUCACUGGCUUAUGAUGACAACUUGGCUUAUUUUCCAGAAAACGCGAUUUUGUGUUGAUGAUGAAGGUACACGCCAUCUAUGUCGAGAGUAUUUGUUUGAUGCUGUUAUUGGAUUUGUGUAUAUCUUUUGUUUUUUCAACAUCAGAGAGGGUAUGACUCGUAUUCGAGCAAUUCCUUACUAUGUCAUUAUGUUGGGAGAGAACACUGUUUUUGUAGUGAUGUGGUAUCCAUUUAGAACACUUUAUGGAGACAUUGAGAUUGCUGCACUUAGUAUUGUGUGGGGUGCAUUUGGAAUAGGACUCCUGUGUAUGGUUUCUUACUAUUCUUUUUACCAUCCAAGUCUUCCUAUGAAGGGCAUUUGUGUGAAGAAGACUGAACUGAAUUUGCAAGAGCAUCAACGCAUGACAGUUUGUUGGUGCUGCUUCUGUGAGAUCACAACCAGGCAAUCUGCUGUGGAAGAAAAUAAUGAUAAAUGCAAACUAACCAUUAAACAGAGAUCUUAUCACACUUCAAGAAGCACAACAGCUGCUCCUCCAUAUCGAAGCUUACCAGUUGAUGUAGAUAUUUUACCUCGUAUAUCAAGAGAAGUUCAUCCACCAAUUUAUCAAAAUCAUCAAGAACUAAGAAAUGGUGGGAUUACAGGAAUGCAGGGAAUGUAUGCAAAAUCCUCAUGGUUGUAACUCUUGAAAUAUUCUUGUAUGUGAACAAGUUAAUGUAAUGAGAGGGUUUGGGUCUUGUUUACCUAUGGCUCACUUAUUUCAGAUGACAAAUUAAUUACAUUUUAACUUAAAAUUAUAGUUAUUAUUAUAUCAUCCAUUAACAAUAUGGAAUAUGGAAAAUUUGUCUAUGGAGUUGAAAACUCUUUAACUUAGUUUUAUUUAUGACUUGUCAUGAGAAAUUAUUGUUCGUGCUCUAGUUUAGAUCACAGCUUUUCCGAGGACUUAGAAAACAAGUGAUCUUGAAUUGAGUGAUAUCUGCAACAGUAGUGGCACGUAAAACUGGCUUGUUACUAAGCAAAAGAACUUAGAAAUCUUAAAGCUAUUGUUAUACUACAAUAUAUUGAAAUUCUUCAAAUGUGAUUGUCAAUUGGAACAAUAUACUCUCUGGAAAUUUUUUUCAGCCAAAUUUGCUGAAUGGUGCAAUCUUGAAAUGAGAAGAGUAAAAGGGUAUUUGAAAAAUUACCUGGUGAAAUGACAAUUUUAUUUUUUCUUUUAAAAUAUUAUGCAGGGACUAGUUGUGUAUUGAAAUUCUACCUGUGGGUAAAAGUUCCAAAAAAUUUACAAGCCUUAGGGUAGGUGGACUGGGUGAAUUCCAGUGUGGAUAACUUUGAUAGAGAGAGCUCAAAGGCUGAAUUCUUAAUUUAUUUUUCUAACCCUAAGCAGUUAUGCUGAGAAAGUUACUUUAAUAUUCCUCUUUUUGGAGAUUUUACCCUUUAACUCACAGAUCAAAUUUGUAAUUCUCCUUACUGUCAACCAUACAAUUCUUAUAAUGUUAGUUCAGAGAAUGUAGUAUUGGCUCAACUAAUUAUCCCAAAAUUGAUAGCUUUCUUCGUUCUCAUCACUUGUCUGAUUGAUAUUGUAUUGAUAUUGUAAGGAGAAAUUCUUAGUCACUCAUGGGAGUUGAAGGGUUAAGAAUUAAGUAUAGUUUCAAGUCCAGCUCUAAAAAGUUUUAGAAUCUGAAGUUAUUUUUCAGUGACACAAAUAUUAAAUUUGUUACAAUUAUUGUAAUGGCUGCAUAGGAUGUCAUUUAAAUUUGACAUUUGUUCAACUUGCAUGUUGGUAGUGACAUGUAAAUCCAUUUUGGUAUGGAUUUUGGAAAUAACAAAGAAGAACUGCGACGUAAGCAUUUGAGCAUGAAUGUUUAACAUAUUUAUGGUUGUAUGUAAAUAGUUAUGAAUCUGAAUACUACUAAGUUUUAAUGCCUUAAGUAAGAUAAAUCUGGUAACUUGUAUGUUUAAUUUUCUGAAAACAAUACCUGAAGUCUGAACUUGGUCUAUUAGCUUUCAGAAAUCCACAUGAAUCCAAAUGAUUACCAUAAACCUUUAAAAACAUUAUAGUAACAUUGCUAAGAUGUGCAGGAUGAUUGGUGUUAACCAGGCUGUUGGGGAAUCUUGGCUGAUCCUCUUCGCCUCAAAUAAUUUGAUGUUAAGCUCUGGAGGUCAUAUACUAAUAUUACAUUUGUGACAUCCUAACUUUAUGCUUCAGGGCUCAGCAAUGGUUUUAGCAUUUUGUGUUUAAAUAUAUAACAAAAUGAGAAGGACAGAAAUGUUUGAGCAGGGUUCUUGAAUAAAGAGAGGUACAUUUCUUUUUUUGCGAGUGUGGGACAAAGGAAAAAAUCCUGAGUCUACUUCAUAGAUUUGACUCAAACUUUCCAUCAUGGUGCUAUAUGGAACAUGUUUGAGAGCAAGGUCAUGUAAUAAGUAGAUAUCUAACACUAAGAUUAAACAUAAAUGAUGUUAAACAUUUCUUGGUAGGAUUCUAGCCCCAGCCAAGUCCUUUUUGUGAUAUGAUGCUCUACCACCUAUGGUAGCGGUAUCCCACAUGAAUGUGUGACAGCAGUUUUAAACACUGAUUAGAUCGGAAAUGUCUAAAAUGGCCUGUCUGGAGAUAGGGAGAGUUGUCUAACAAAGAAAGAUGCUGACUGAAAAUAACUAAUUGAAUAACUGAGAGAGGAUAUGAUUGCAAUAAGCUAUUUGAUUCUUUUUGAAAUUUUUUUGAAAUUUUUUAAAGGUAAAUCAAGUCUGUGAUUUCAAGUUUGUUUUUUAUUGCUGAACUUACAUUUCAAAAGUAGCUUGCCUGCUUGCUUGACGCACAGUUGAUGUAGAACCAAAAUCUUACCAGUGUAAGCUUAUCUCCUUUAAUUUUGUAUGAUUGUCUUUGAUGACAGUUGAAUUUAGAGUUUGGAGAUUUUACAACUUAUCUGGCAACUUGCUCAGAUGCUUGUCAACAUCCUAAAAAUGAUGCAAAUCACUAUUGUAAACAUACAGGAAUGCAGAUUAUUUUUAGCAUGAUGGCCACCAAAAUGUAAAU